CCCCGCCACAGCGGGAGCAGGAACCGGGAGGGGGGGGGCCCGGCCCGCUCCGGCCUGUCCCCGCCAUGUGGUUCAUCUACGUGCUGAGCUGGCUGUCCCUGCUCAUCCAGGUGGCCUUCGUCACCCUGGCGAUCGCUGCAGGGCUGUACUACCUGGCGGAGCUGAUUGAGGAGUACACGGUUGUCACCAGGAGGAUAAUCAAAUACAUGAUCUGGUUCUCCUCGGGCGUGCUGGUCUGCCUCUACCUCUUCGAACACUUUCCCGGUUUCAUGGUGGGCGUGGGGCUCUUCACCAACCUGGUCUACUUUGGUUUGCUGCAGACCUUCCCCUUCAUUGUUCUGACGUCCUCCAAUUUCAUACUGUCCUGCGUGCUGGUUAUAUUCAAUCACUACUUAGCGUUCCAGUACUUCGCUGAGGAGUAUUACCUGUUCUCUGAGGUUCUCGCCUACUUCACAUUCUGCCUCUGGUUAAUUCCUUUUGCUUUUUUUGUCUCCUUGUCGGCCGGAGAGAAUGUCCUACCUUCCACGGUGCAGCCAGGAGACGACGUGGUCUCCAACUACUUCACCAAGGGGAAGAGGGGCAAGCGCUCCGGUAUCCUCCUCAUCUUCUCUUUCAUCAAGGAGGCCAUCCUGCCCAGCCGACAGAAGAUUUACUGAGCCCCGGAUGCAGCCGGCGUCGGCUGCGGUGAAGGAGCAGGGCAGACCCAAACUGUGCAGAGGGCUGUGAGGCAGCACUGUCCCCAGGCCUCGCUUGAGCCUUCCUCCAUGUUCUCUCAAAGGGAUUUUUGUUAGCAACGGAUAAACUGGACGAUGGCCGGAGGUGCCAGCAGCACUGGACAGACACACGGGGAGGGCUCACGCCUUUUUAUACAGCCCUGCUGAUCCCCCGGGACUGUGUGCAAAAAGGAUGUUUGGUUCCAGCCAAGCACAAGGAGGGUCUGGCCUCCUGGCACUGCCAGCUCCGCUCGGGGACCUGGGAGGUGUUGUCAUUUGCUGGGAGUCAUUUGAAGCCAGGAGUUUGUACUUGGUGUAGUUUGGCUGGGGAGGGAGGAACCAUUCCCUCGGUGUGGCAGCAGAACGUGCUUCACAUUCAACUGAGGUUUACACGGAGCCAUUAAUUAAAAAAGAAAAGAGAGAAUAAAGUAACCAAACUGGUGAACUCCCACGUAUUCCCGCUGGGAGCCUGCCAGCGUUGGAGGAUGCUGGUGUCCCCUGCAGAGCACACCUCGGGAAGGGAGCGUAAGGGCGGGCGCCUCUCCCUGCGCUCUGCGGCUGCAGGGAGGUGACCUGGAAGGACUCGGUGUCUCUUUUUGUUUGAUUUUAAUGUUGGAAAUACCCACUUCUCUCUUCUCUGGUUUUGCUGGAAGCCUCGCUGAGUGGCUGGGGUGCUGUGGCAGUGCUGGAUGGCUGAGUGAGACCCCAGGAAGCCGAUGGAUGGAGAGUGAUUCUCCACGUGUGUAGGUGUGAGGGCAGCGAGACGCUGAGCGAGUCACCUCGGCUUCCUGGGGGUGUCUGCUUAGCGUUCCCAGUGCUGCUAAACUCACCAGCACUCCCUCCUUUCCUGAAAGGAGAAAAAUCAUACUGAGAAAGAGAUGAAUGCUUUGUUCUUGUUCCUUGUAAUUAUAAGGAUUUCCCUCCCUCCCUCCCUUUUUUGCUUUGUUGUUGGUUACCUUCAGCUUGUGCCAGAACUAGAUGUCCCUAUGAAAGCCAGGAGCCCAGGCUGUGCAUGGCUGUAGCACAGGAACGCCUGGCUGUGGCAGCACAGUUUCAUGGGUUGGGAAGGCUUUUUGAGGAAUUUCUCAGGAAAAUGGCUCAUUUUUCUCUUCUGGCCAGUUCUGGCUGAAGGCAAAGGUGAGGCACAUGGUCCCACUGCACCCCUUCUUGUCCCUGGGUUUCUUCAGUGCCCGCGGACACUGGCGCGUUUUGAUGCUGAUAUAAUAGAAGUGUGGUUUCUGUUUGAGAGCUACUCGCCUAAUAAAGGCUAUAGGUGAAGUCCUCCUUA